GUUUAUGACAGACGGAAGCUCUGUCACACGAAAAUGUUUUUAAUUUCUUGAAAAGUAUCAAAACCGGUCCAUAUUUGAUUUAGUUAAAAAGAUCAUUCAUGGGGACCGGUCAAAGUGCCCUAAAAGGGCUAGAAAUUGAAGAAAAAGCAGUGGAAAUAACCGAUUUUUGGACACAUCACAGUGCUAAUAUUGACGGAUCCAACCCCCAAAGUUUAUCAGUUUUUAUUAGCGAACCUUCUUUACACUCCACUGCCAGUUUCGGAAAACCUUCCCCCUUAGAGAAAAAUGCCAAGAAUUUGAUGCUGCAUCGGCAUCCUUGCAUCUUAAAAUACGUUUCUUCCUGGCCCAAGGGAAGCAAAUUUUUCCUUGCGACCGAGGAAGUAAAACCGCUCGUUCAAGUAAUCGGAGGACAAACAACUCUCCAAAUUUGUAUCGGCUUAUACAGCAUCCUUCGUGCCUUAUUGUUUCUCCAUGAAAAAGCUUCAGCGUCGCACAAUAAUAUUUGUAGCAGUGCCAUAUACGUAACAACUGAUGGAUGUUGGAAAUUGGGCGGCUUGGAAUAUCUCUGUCGAUUUGCAGAAUUGACCCCCGCUUACUUUAGGAAAAUAAAAAAUUAUCGCUAUGAAAAAGCCAUUUCUCCAGAAGAAGAUGAGUCAAUGACAAGCAUUUCUACUGAACCCGCAUCCAUCGAUCGAUACGCUUUCGGUGUUUUAGCCGAAGAUGUUUUACGAUUAAAAAAUGCUGAUGACGUCCCAGGCUUAACAGACUUUAAGGACUUUUGUAAAGAGCGCCUAAAAACGACAGAUACUUCUGCAAUCGCCUCAUUAUCCUCUUUACUUAAUCAUCCAUUUUUUUCUCACGAUUUUAUGAAAAUUCACGCAUUUUUAACAGAACUGCCAUUGAAAAACGAGACUGAGAAAGAAGAAUUCUUCUUAAACGUUGUGCAAAAACUGGAAAGUUUUCCUGAGAAGAUUGUGGCCGAACAGUUGGGAAAAUUAUUAUUGUCGAGAUUAGUUUUGUUAGACCGAACAGCUCAGACGAAGCUUUUGCCUUUUGUGUUAAAACCGAAAAAUGAGCAGGAUUGCCAAGACCAAGGACUUUUCACAGUGCCAACUUUCAAAGUCCACCUGAUACCAAAACUGCUUCAAAUGUUUUGCGUUCGCGACGCCUCAAUUCGAUUAUUGCUCCUCUCUCACUUAAAUUCUUUCGUCCACGUCUUCGAAAAAGAAGAAUUGAAGUGCCGAGUCCUGCCGGAACUUCUCGUUGGAAUUAAGGACAACGACGACUACCUGGUUGGCACAACUUUGCGAGCCCUCGCCGAUCUUAUUCCGAUUUUGGGCGCAGCGACCGUGAUCGGCGGAAGUAGAGCCAAGCUUUUUACGGACGGUCGUCCGAAGAAAUUGCAGAGGCUCAAAAAAUCAAAUCAUAAUAUAAACGCCAGUCCGGAGGCAACUAGAAUUGCAGAUAGGUCGAUGCUUUCGUUGCCGGAGAGACCGUCGCCCGAUGGAGGGGAAGAUAGAGCGGAAUUAAGUUUUUCCAACACUGAGGAGGAAAAUUGGUCGGAUUGGGAAGGCCAGGAAGUUCAAAAGAAAGCCAGUGACGUCAAAAGUCUCGAGUCUGCGAUAAAUGGGUCGCUAGACGACAAUUUCAAGCCCCUGGUUUCAAUUUAUCGACCCGAUCUCGUGAAUUUUGGUGAUUCCGUGGAGGAAAUUUUAAUUCCUCCUAAGAUUGUUGAUAAAAUUAAGUAUUCAAAAAAGCCCAUCUCCGACAUUUCGGAACUUGAUAUCAAAAACUCGAAAUCGAUGAAUCACAAAGAUGAAUUUGAUUUCUUUACUGAUAUGGAGCCCGUGAUUCAAAAACCGCAAGUACUCCACGUGGAGGAAGUAACUCAUAAGAAUAUUUUUGAUGUUAAUUUGACGAAUCAGAGUGCUGAUACGGAGGAAGAUAAUGGCUGGGGGGAUGAUUUAAAUGAUUGGGAUGUUGAUGAUAGCGUGGAAUCGAAGGAGUAGGAUUUAUUCAUAAAAAUUAUUUUCAGUCAUGUAAAUACAUAAUUUUUUUUUAAAUUUUAAUUACGAGCAGAGUUAGGGCCUUGUAAUGAUUAUACGUUUCUCUACUUUAUCAACAUUUUUUCUCAACUGAGAGGCAUUAAGGGAUGAUUUUAUUGUCUUGGAUUUUUGGAAAAACAAAAGAAAUAUUUAUUUUUCCGAAAUUUUUGGUGUAUUUUCGGAAAUUUAGAAAGACAGAAACAUGACUUAAGUUUUGGAAAAAAUUCGGUAUGGUAGGAAUCGGGUAAGUAUUGAAUCGUCUUAAUAACAAUUUUUUUGUAUCCAUCUUGUUCAAAUGUAAAUAAUAAUUUUUGGGUCUUUCUUCCAAUUUCUUUGUUAUAUAAUUUGAGAUUUUUUUUUCUGGAGUUUAAUUUUUUUGAGAGAUGUCUAUUGAUGAAAGUAAGAAUAUUUUUUGUAUGAAAAUGCGAAUGAUUGUUGUAAAAAGCAAAAUUAAACAUUUACUGUGCGGCGUUUACGGGACUUUUAAGUAAAAUAUGUAUUGUAAAUAAAAUUAGAACGUUUUUCA